AUGGACAAUUUCCGUUCUGAAGCGAUACUCCAGGAAAGGCUGACGCUACAACCUGAUGUAUCGCAUGGUCUUUUUCAGAACGGCCGUAUAUCUACCCCCAAUCCAGUGGGAGAGCUGGCGUACAACUCGAUGACUGCCGUCGAAAAUCCGAUAUCUCUUAUAUCCUCACGAGCACAGCACAACAAAUCCCGGGCUAAGGAAAAGCAACGCCGAGGGCGGGAGGUAGACGAGAUGGUGGCGUAUUUUGGACACAAAGAAACACCACCGAAUGAAGUCCUGCCAGCCGCGACGUACGGCGGAUCGAACAUCUACGGAAUCGUUUGA